AUGUCUAUCUCACGUUUUCCACCUAAUUUUCGACAUUCUAUAUUUAAUCUAUCUUUUUUGCAGUGCAAUCUUCAGAAGUCUCGAGCCAGUACUGAUCAUUUUAUGCAAGUUUUCUUGGAGGGAGAUUUUGAUUUUGCCUUCCUUCAGGAAUUUUAUUCCUUGCAUAAUUCAAUUGCUGGUCUCCCUCUUCAACUUUCUUUUUAUCAGUCUGACUCGGGGCUGUCAGCUUUGGUAUUUUCUUCUUCUUUUCCUUUACAAUUAUUUUUUCAUUCACAAUAUUUUGUCACUGCACUAUUUUCAACAGAUACCGCGACAUUUCUUCUUACUUCUGUGUACGUUCCUCCCAAUGAUGAUUUAACACAUCUUUUUCGGGAUCUAGAUUUAAUGUUUAGUCGUUGCAGGCCUGGCUAUAGACAUAUUAUUCUUGGUGACUUUAAUGCUUCACAUUCCCUUUGGGGUGCCCGGGAUUGUACCCCUCGUGGUACUCAAUUAGUUGAUUUUUUUACGUUCCACCAUUUGGUUGUUCUUAACACUUCUGACUCACUUCCUACCUUUUUAACUUCUCGCUCCCAGGGUUGGAUUGAUCUUUCUCUAGUUAGUGCCUCACUUUCUCCACUCAUCCAAAAUUGGCAAGUCCGUUCUGAUUUGGUCAGUCUUAGUGACCAUCAGUAUAUUACUUUCAACUUCGCAGACACUAUUUCUUUUUCCUCCGUUACUCGUUUUAAAACCCUGGGUGUUAAUCCUCAACCUUUCAUUUCUCGUUUCGCACCUUCCGCCCAAUACUUUACUCACCAAUUUUCUUCUUGUGCUUCUAUCGGGGAUCUUGAUCUUAUAUAUUCUAAUUUCAUACAAUCUAUUUAUCUUGAAUCUCUUUCAUCAUUUAAAUUUAAAAGAUCUCCUCGAUUUCGUCAGUCACCAUGGUGGAAUUCUUCUCUCCAGCUGUUGCGUAGGAGAGUACGCGCUUUGCGUCGUCGUGCUCAAUCAGCUGUUGACCCAUCUAUUCGUAAUUCUCGUUUUCUUGAAUAUCGACGUCUACAGGCAAUUUGUUCUUUGGCAACAAACUCUCCAAUUCUCUUUAAAAUUUUCGCUCUUUAA